GGAAAAAAUUGACCAGCUAUACAAGGAGCUACUCAGUUUGACUACUACUUGUUUCAGCUACUUGUUUAAAGUUAAUAUUGAGAAUUUCAACAGUAGGUACGACUUUGUUGGCUUUAAUUUGAUAAAAUUUGAUAAUUUAUAAAACGGUUGAUUCUUGUCAGUAUUUUAUAAUAAAGUUGCAGUUAAAUAGAAAUAUGAGUAGUGGUAAACCAACAACACCAAUAUCUCUGCCCAAACUUCCAAAGGGAGUUAAGUUGAAUGCACCAGCAACUCCUCCUUCCAAAACAAGGUCUAAAAGAUUACUGGGGACUUAUCUUAAAACUCCUGAUCAAAAUAGUGAAUCGGUACCAUUUUCACCAUCAUUGAAACGUUCUAGUAGUGGUUCAUUUAAAUCCCCUGAUUAUAAAUUAAAUACCAAUAAUAAUACUACGACCAACGUCCCAUCCCCAUAUUCAUCCAACUUAUUGAAAACACCAAGACACACUGGAUACGAUUCCGAUGAUGAAGAGCAUCCAAAAUCAAAAUUUCAAAAAACACCUCAAUUUUUCAGUCCUGGUAAAAAAUUAUUUACUAAUGAUGAUAGUAAAGAAGAUUUGAAUGAAAUAAGUUCUAAGAUUAAAAACAGAUUAAGUUCAGCUUUUGAUAAAUUACAAAAUGAUUCAACUACAAAGGAAAGACCUACUUCUUUAACUUUUACUGAUUUAUCUUUGAAUCUUAAUAAUAAUGAACAAUCUCCAACUAAAAAAUUAAAACCUUCAAUGAAUGAAAAAUGGUCUCCUUCAUUGUCGGUUCAAAAGGCUAAUUUAAAUUUACAAACUCUACAACAAAGUCCCUUACCUAAAAGUUCUCCUACUUUUAGUCAGUAUUCUAAAUUUGAUGGUGCUCGUCAAACUUUAUUUCAAGAAGCAACAAUUCAACCAAAUUCUCAAAGAAAUCAUCCCGAAGGUUCCUUAAAACAAUCUCCUGUAUUAGUAAAUGAUCACGAAGAAAGAAUUAUCCUACCAAGUCCUGAUGAAGAAUUAAGUGCUCAAAAUGCUUUGUUGGCAGCUUUAUCAAGACAACAAAGAAGAAAAUCAAAAUCUUUUAGUUCAAAUUCAAGUCCAAAAAGAAAAUCUUUCCAAUCUUUGAAUGAACCAGCUAUAGUGUUACCAACGGUAGCAUCUCCAAAUACUCCUCCUUCACUGAGUUCAAAAAACCAGCCUUCGGUUAAACUCCCUUCUUUAAAUAUGGCUUUAAAUCCAAAAGAAAAUAUUUCAACUCCAAAAUCAAAUAAUACUUCUUUGAAUAAUGAACAGGACGCAGUUCUUUCGUUGAUGUCAUUAUCUUCUCCUCAAUCCCUAAAUUUUAAUAAGAGUCAAGUUAAAAAACAACAAACUCCCUCUUCUUCAAGAUCUUCUUCGGUGGCUAGUCCUCAAUUACCUCCUACGUUACCUCCUAUAACCGGUUUAAUUCAUGGUGCUACUAGAAGAACUACUCAAGUUAUUGAUGAUAAUGAUGCUACCGAUAUAGAAGAAGAUGAAGGUACUGAUGACGAUCAUGAUUCUACAAUUUGAUGAUUGAAUGGAAUGCCUUAUGAACAUUAAUGAAAUUACGAAUAUACUGACUACGAAUAUACU